CGUCUGGGACUGCGUGCAGCCGUCCAGGCGUGACCCCGGCGCCGGGAGCCAGCGACUCCUCUGGGAAGGGAAGAGAUUAGGGCCAGAAUCUCGCAAAACUGCAAAAAUCAAAUCAAGAGAGGGUUUUCGGGUAUACCACAGAGGAUUAAAAUUUUCAAGACAGACUCAAUCUUUGCCUAACAGCAAUGGUGCCGCCGCCGGACGGGACUCUAAGAUGAAGUUAUGGGAUGUCGUGGCUGUCUGCCUGGUGCUGCUCCACACCGCGUCCGCCUUCCCGCUGCCCGCCGGUAAGAGGCCUCCCGAGGCGCCCGCCGAAGACCGCUCCCUUGGCCGCCGCCGCGCACCCUUCGCGCUGAGCAGUGACUCAAAUAUGCCAGAGGAUUAUCCUGAUCAGUUUGAUGAUGUCAUGGAUUUCAUUCAAGCCACCAUUAAAAGACUGAAAAGGUCACCAGAUAAACAAAUGGCAGUGCUUCCUAGAAGAGAGCGGCAUCGGCAGGCUGCAGCUGCCAACCCGGAAAAUUCCAGAGGAAAAGGUCGGAGAGGCCAGAAGGGCAAAAAUCGGGGUUGUGUCUUAACUGCGAUACAUUUAAAUGUCACUGACUUGGGUUUGGGCUACGAAACCAAGGAGGAACUUAUUUUUAGAUACUGCAGCGGCUCUUGCGAUGCAGCUGAGACAAUGUAUGAUAAAAUAUUAAAAAACUUAUCCAGAAAUAGAAGGCUGGUGAGUGACAAAGUAGGGCAGGCAUGUUGCAGACCCAUUGCCUUCGAUGACGACCUGUCGUUUUUAGAUGAUAACCUGGUUUACCAUAUUCUAAGAAAGCAUUCCGCUAAAAGAUGUGGAUGUGUCUGA